AUGGAAAAAUCAUAUUUCAAAAUUUAAACAAUCAUUUUGAUAAUUGGUCUAUUUUCAUAUGUAAAAGGAUCAUAAUUAGUAACAUUUGAAGAUAUGUGUACUUGUGAACAAUUAGUUUAUGAAAACGAAUGUUUGGCUAAUAAAAUAUGUAACUUUUCUAACUAAGAAUGCAAAACUAUUCCUUGUGAUCAAUUAUCAGCAGGAAAUUGUCAUAAUAAUCAUAAAUGUGCCUUAGUAAAUAAUUAAUGUGUAGUUUUUAAAUCAUGUUCAUCUCACAAUGCUAAAACAGAAGAAGCUUGUGACAAUUUAAAUCAUAGUUGUUAUUUUGAUGAUAAUGAUUAAACUUGCCGAGAAAUAUAAAAUAUCAAUUUAGGUUCCUGUUCAGAAGACUUAUUUUCAUUAUGCUUGAUAGCUAAUGAAGGUCUUUGUAUUAGAAAGGGUGGAGUAUGCUAAGAAAUGAAAAUUUGUGAAGAUUCUAAAAGUGAUGACUUCUAGUGUUUUCUUGCUUUCCCAGCAUGUGAACCAAAAAUUGAUAAGUGUUAAUCUCAUCUUAAAUGCAGUGAAUCAGAAUGGCUUGAUUGCAGAAUUGCUAAGGAAAAGAUUAAUGGAGAUAAAUAUUAACUUUGUAUGAAGGGAAGUAAUGGAUGUGUAGAUUUUGAUCCAAGUGUACAAACAAAAGAUACUUGUUGGAACUCAUCCUCUCUUUUUUAUCAUUGGGAUGGUAAAGAGUGUUCAAGGUGUUCUUGGGAUUCAAUAAUCAUUUCAGUAUUAUCAAUUGCUCUUUUAAUCUUGAGUAUUUGAA